ACUAGAUCUAGUCUAGGUCUAGAUCUAGAUCUAGGCCUACUUAUAUUUAAUAAUCAACACUGAACUGAAUGAUUCAUCAGAAAAUUGAAGUUGUCAAAUAAUGUACAAUUUUAUGAACAUUAUUUUGUGGAAGAUCAUCUUUCAUUUUCCUGUAGAUCUAGAAGUCUAGAUUUCAAAAAGUGAGACAAUUUGUCUUGCCCAUUGCCAUGUUAAGGAUUUUGCCCUUUCAUUUUCUACAGGACUUUGAAAUUCAAACACUCUAAAAAAAUGUUGGGCAAGUGCCCAAUUUUUACCCAACAUGAGGGCACUUAUGUGUCCGACUAACUAUUGGGUAAAUUAAAGAUUUUGCAUGAUUUACCCAGUGUUGGAUGAAAAGAAAAUACCCAACUUUUAACCAACAAAAUUUACCCCAAUAGGAAAUUCACCCAAUUCUCACCAUAAUGUGUAGUAUAUUCGACACUAGUUGGGCAAAUUAUUUCAUCAGUAACAUGGUUGGUAGAAAAUAACCCAAUUAUUGGACAAAAAUGACCAACUUUAAUUUGCCCAAAAAUAUUACCCAAUUAUUUCAUCGGUAACUACAUGGUUGGUAGAAAAUAACCCAAUUGUUGGACAAAAUUUGCCCAACAUCAGUUUUACCAAGUAACACCUACCCAACUUAUUUCUGACCUUUUAUUAGGUAACUUCAUACAGUAAAUGGUUGGGAGAAAUUAUUUGACAAAAACGCGCCAAACUUUGAUUUGCCCAGUAACAUCUGCCUAACUUUGUUUUACAGAGCAUAGACUCUACAUCCUCUUGGUUUUAAAUGGGGCUAUUAAUUAUGUGCUAUUGCGAUAUUCCUUGUCAUAACUAAAAGGCAGUUGACCCACAUUUUAGCCCAUAUUAAUAGCCUAAUUCAAAACCAAGAGGCUGUGGUGGUUUUCGAAAUUGCAGUGACCUCGCUGUAGUACACGAAUGGGCACAAUUUUUAACAUGGGUACAUUUUUUCUCAUUUAAAAAAAUCUUUUUCUGAAAAUAAUUUUUAAAUAUGGAAAAAUUACAGAUGCUUAAGCCACCAAAUUAUGCCCACAAAAUUGUACACUAUUUUACUACAUGUCCAGAUUUCAAUGAAAUCAUUAGAACCGAUGGACGGAUUACCAUCCAAACUUGGGACAUGUACAUGUAUCUUGCAAGUUGCAAAGCCAACGAACUGAUUCGAUUUUGGGAUGGAGGUGCACAUGGAGGAAGGACAUUCGUUAGUACAGGAUUAACUGUCCUAUUUUGCUUCAUAUCAGUGAAAUGUUCCAGCACAUGCAUUUUUUUUAAUGUUUCACACCACUGAACAAUAAGCUGUACAAAAGAAUUAUUAAACACCACAAAUUAUCUUUUCUAGGAUAAACAAUUGUCAGUUGCCUCUAUUCAAGGUAACACACUAUAAUUUAUAUAUGGUUGUAUGGUACUGUAAGUGGCCUGUGAAAGGCUUGAGUGCUAGACUUUUUGAGAAACCCUGGUCAGAUAAAGCUAGGUUAUUUGUCAUACUAAAGCUGAGAAACAUGGCUACUAAUGCAGACAAUAUCAUGGCAGCCGCAAAAGGUUGAACAAAACAAUUACCGGUAUGGCAGUUUAAAGUUGAAGUAAUAGGCAUGACAGUGCACAUGGAGAAGACACAUAUGAUUAUCAAUGAAUUAGUAAUGUUAAUUAACCAAUCAGCAUAUAUUGACCGCUAUGCUAACUCUCAAAUCAUUCUGAUUCAUUUGGUAAGUUGAAUGACUUUCUUUGAAAUCAAAUUCAUUGCUGAUGCAACUAAUCUUUAUACUUUAAAUAGGCCCCUACAUUGUUAAAAAUUAGGCACAAUUUGACUAAACUAAGGUGAUUACUAGUAUGACUUUAGAAAAGGUUUCCAUUCUUAAUUUGAUUGUGUGGAUGUUAGUAACAUCACCUGAAAAUAAAUAGCAAUUAGUUGAUACAAUUCGCUAGUAUGAUCUAAAAGUAAGUUUUCUAUACGAAGACCAAAUUUUCGAGAAAAUCGCAUUUGAAAAUUCAGAUUUUCAUAGACUCUUGUGGAAUAACAAAAAACAUUGAUUAUGCGAUUUAUUCAAAAUGGAAGAUAUUUUAGCUGGAACAUGAGCAAAUGUUUACAGCUUAUCAUUAUCUAAAACAUAUACUUUUGUUUAAUUUGCGCAACCAUACGUGUGUUUGUGGUAUUAUAUGAAAACAAUCAGUUUAUGCUGCACUAAGCCUUAUUUAUCAAUCUCUCCCUCUUCUUCUCCAGAAAAUGAAGUUGAUGUGGAAACCCUUCCCCUUCUAAGUGAAAGUAUAAUCACAUCCUUCAUACCCAAGAUUGGACCUCGAUUGAAGUUUCUCGCUGGGUGGCGUGCAGAGGUAGGCCCUAGAUGUGGCACAAUAUCUCACUAUGGAUAGUUACAGAUGCUUUCAGUGUCUUGAUUUAAUUAGGGGGGAUAUUUCUUGCCUAUUCCAUCAUUUAAAAUACACACAUACAACAACCAGGGGGAAAAAUGUAAGUAUAACAUGCAUGCAAGGGGCAUGUAGACUAACAUUUCGUACAUUAUCGGGAUAUAGAAAACAUCUCAUUUCAAAGCACGCUGCACGGAUAAAGACGUCAAGCACAACUACAAAAGCAGUUCCAGAUCACCAAAGUGAAACCUGUUAUGAAGGAUCUGUUCUAGGAAAGAAUAACAACACUGAAGGGAAUUUGGAACAACUGCACCAGGAAAAGGCAUUGUUUGUUGGAGAAAGCAGUGAGCAGGAAGAUGUCUCUUUUGAAACGCAAACAGAGAGACUACCUGAUAUUGCAGCAAAGUUUGUAGCAGAACUCAGGGCAAGGACUAAUGUGCCUGCUUCACACACCAACAAGGUCAUUCAAACCGCACAAGAUUUGGUUAUUUCUGUGUUACAAACUGUGCAACAGGAUGUGAUGGAUAUCUUAAGUGAGCCACAAUAUGCAGCUAACAGUGAGCUGAGAUCUGAUAUACAAGAUGUAUUCGAGAAUUCAAAGAAUCCAUUUUCAGAGCUCAUGUCAGAUACUCAACAGAAAAAAUAUUUCUCUGAGAAAGGUGAUUUCAUUCAGCCUUGUGAGGUGUUGUUGGGAACUUGCUUAAAACCAAAAAUUGAUCAAAAGACAGGUGAUCCACUGCAAAGCACACAAAAAGAAACCUUUCAAUAUAUACCACUAGCUGACACUAUUAAACAAUACUUAGAGCGACCAGGAGUAAUGAACGCCAUACUGUCUCAAAAAGGAUCAAAAGAUAAUGAUGUUUUGUAUUCAUUCAAAGAUGGUCACUAUUAUAAAAGGCAGGAAGCUACUGCUAGACAAGACUGUGAAUUCUUAGUGCCUCUGUUGUUGUACAAUGAUGAGUUUGAGACAGCCAAUCCGCUUGGGUCAAAACGCGGCAAACACAAGGUAAGUGCCUUUUAUACAAGUGUGUUAUCCCUUCCCAGGAAAUACCAGGCUAGGCUAGAAAAUAUCAUGCUCACAGCUAUGAUCACAUCUCCGCUUUUGAGUAAAUAUGGCAUCUCAGAAGUUUUGAAGGUAAUCAAGGAUGAUCUGCAGCAGAUGUGGACUGAUGGACUCACUAUCAAGUGCAAAGAGUUUGAGGGUAGGGUCAAACCCUACUUAUUCCAAGUUGUAGGGGACAAUCUUGGCAUUCAUGCCAUGCUGGGAUGUACAACCUGUUUCCGUGCCAACUAUUACUGUAGAUUCUGUAGAGGCCAUCGCUCGUUGCUUCAGAAACAGCCAAAAGAGGAUGCCCAAUAUCUCCGUGAUGAAAUAAACUAUGAUACAGAUCUUCAAAAGCCCUUGUCAGAAUCUGGCUUGAAGCAUGCAACAGUUUUGAAUGAAUUGCCUUACUACCAUUCCACCCAAAACUUAUGUCCAGAUGUAAUGCAUGAUUUUACAGAGGGAGUCUUGCCCCUGGAAAUGCACCUUGUUUUGAGUAAACUUGUUCAGAAGGGUUUCAUAACACUGGAUGAGGUGAACAGUAGAAUAUCCUCAUUCAAUUUUGGCUUUGUGGACCGCAAAAACAGACCAAGCCCAAUCAGGCAGGCAUCACUGAAGAAUCCAUAUUCUGCCAGUGGACAGACAUCAGCACAGAUGACGUGCCUUGCAUACAACAUCCCUCUCAUGUUAGGAGACAAGAUUGAUGAGAUGUGUGAUGAGUGGGAACUCUUACUGUCAAUCAUUGACAUCUUCAAAAUCAUUAUGAGUCCCAGUAUCAGUAAGUCUGCCAUCUAUGUCCUGAAGGCAAUGAUUGAUGAUCACCACAGGCUCUUCAUGCAGCUCUUCCCUGAAGCUAGUCUAACUCCGAAGCAGCACUUUCUUGUGCAUUACCCACGUGCACUGAAACACCUUGGGCCACUGACCCAGUAUUCAGCAUUGCGUUUUGAAGCAAUGCACAGACCUUUCAAGCAGAUUGCCAGUGUAUCUUGCAACUACCAAAACAUUGUCAAAACAUUGGCUAACAGAUACCAAAUGGCACGGUGCUACAGGUCAGUAUCAAAUCAGUCACUGGAUAGCCAAGAUAUCAAUGUGUCACAGCAAGCUGCAGCAAUGCUUGGUGAUCUACUUGAUGAUGAGGCACUUUGCAAAAAAAUUAACUGUGGAAGGGGAACCGAAGUUACAGUUGCUGGGAAAGUGGACAUUCAUGGAUAUGAGUUCCGGGCAGGUGUUGAUGUACUUCUAUAUUGGACUGAUGAUGAUGGACCCACGUUUGGACGUGUUCAGCAUAUUGUAGUGGUGCAAGAAAAGUUGUAUCUGCUCCUUCGGCUGUAUCAGACCUUGUACUUCAACAGACAUGUUGAAGCAUUUGCAGUACAGGUGGGCAGAGAGGAAUCACAAGCUGCUGUUGAAUGGUGUGACCUGUUUGAUCACAGGCCAGUCAAUGCUGUCCAGUCCUAUAGUGGAAGAGGGCGCUGCUUGUAUAUUGUGGUGCACCAUUCAUUCAUCUAGGAACAAGAAGGUACGUGUAGGCAACCCGUUGCAAGCAAGUGAUAUAUUUUUACAACUAGACAUUACAGGUGCACUUGCAAAUUUUGUCUUAGAGAACAGAACCAAAACAAAGCAAAAGAAAGAAACUGUUAUUCCAAUUACAAUUAUAUCUAUGAAUCAGUUCUUAGUGUAUCAUUCUACACAUUUUGAUUGAAAAAAUAGCUAAGAAGCUAACCUUGAUCGAUCUGUACUGACUUGCUAACAAAUUUGAUUAUUCCAAUGACAAUUUUUACAGUAAAUAUCUGGUUUGAAUUUUUUAACUCGUUAUUAACUUCAUUGUUUCUGUAUCUGAAAAUGUGUCUGUUAUAUUUGCAUUCAUUCAUAUUAUGUUGUAAUUUCUUAAAUGUACCAUGACUCAUGCCAAGUUUUUCUAGCAUAUGUACUUCAUUGAGGCCCCGGAAAUGUGCUAUUUUUUACCAAUGCAUGUUCCUGCCUAAAGUGAAAGUUCCUAACUGGAUAUUAUUAUAUUAUAGAUGUACUGAAGAAGCUUCGGCUCAUGAGUGACCACUUUUCAAUUAUGGGUUUGCUUUAAAUAGGACAAGGGUACAGAAACAGUGAGAAUGAUUUUCCCCUUCAAGGAAUAAACUUGAUACUAAAGUCUAACCUGGGGCUGUUUGUGUCAUUAAUAAUGUAAAGAAUAAUCAGUCAUUUACAUGUACAUUGAAAGUUCAAUUAUUUUUCAUUUAUUUAUUGUAGUAUCAUGCUGCAAAUCAACAAAGCAUGGAACAAGCAUCAACGUCGACAAGAAGCCCAUCAGUGUUCUCCUUAGAUGACUGCUCAGAUCUCUCUUGUGUAACAGGAAGUGAGUGGAGUCCCAGACAAAGCCCUUCCCAGCCCAGUUUGGAUACGCCACUUUACGACUCCCCAGAAUCCAAGAGUCCUGAUCAACAUCCUCCCCUGAAACGGGUCAAGAAAGUGCAUUUCAACAUUGCUUGUAUAUUGAGAGAGACCACCAUGGGAAGAGCAGCAUUAAGGAACAUCAAUGCUACAAAUCUCUGCAGCAAAAGGGACCGGCAUACUGUUGUGGAUAUGUUGACUCAGUACCUGAUACGGGAGUAUGGUACCAAGCCAAGCUCAUUUGUGAAGGCAUCAAUGGCCCAUGCCAUUGUGACAAGCUUUCCUUUCUUAAAAGAUCCAGAAUCUCCACUUGGCAAUGUAAGUCCUGUCCAUGAAUUGCUUUCCUUAAUGUGACCUCAGGUAUGGCUCAGAUCACCACUUUUUUCUGGACUGAUUUAUGGAUUGAUUCUUACCACAGCGGGCAUUUAUUACUUGGAGGUGCCUUAAUUCUUAGGUUGUCCAUCCAUACCUCCAUCUGUCCCUACCCCACAGACCCCAUUUACAAGAAAGUGAAAUUUUAUGAGAAGUUUCUGUUUGAGCCAGAAGCAAUAAGCUACUUUAAGGUCUAAAUCAAAUAAAUUAUGUGUUUAUGCAAUAACUUUUGGAAUACUGGAUCAUAUUAUUUUGUGUAACUUGCUAUGAAGCUUCCUCAAUUUUGUUAUUCUUGUAUUUAUUAUAUUGGAGAUGCUCAAUCAAUUGCAUGUUGUAUCACAUUAUCACAAGCAUUGUAAGAGCAUCUCUGGCAAUAGUAAAUUUGACAGUAGACAGGCCUGAAAAGCUUACAAAUAAUGAAAAGCUAAUAUGGCAUCAAUCACUAAAUCGUGCAAUAUUUUUGUUUAUUUUUACCACUUGUUUAUAAGUUAUAUUAUCCAGUAAUGACACAUCUCUUAAUAUUUAGACUUUUGUCUGCAUGCCAUUGAGUAAUGGAUAUUCACAGAAUUAUCCAUCAUUCACUUUGUUUUUGCAAUGACUUGAUGACAUUGCUGGAAUAUAACAGUGUGCAGUUAGAAAUAGGUACUUAAGAGGACAAACCUUGUUAUUGCAAACACUGACAUAUGUAACAAAAUAUGUAAAUGUACAGUUUACACUGGAAUUUUAUUGUGCUUUUAUUUGAUUAUUAUUAAUGUUUAACAAAUGUUGUUGAGCAUUACUGUUUUUGAAGUUGAAUUAUGAAGGAAUUUUAAUUUAUUUGAGCAGGAGGCCUGGUACUGCGUGGGGGCCAAGGGACGGCCAGCAACAGGCUACCUGGAGGAGCAUCUGAGGUAUGUCAGAAAAAAGGAGAAGUCCCUGAGGGUACCAGUAGCUGAAGACGAGGCAGAGUCUCAAAAGCAAGGUAUUCUGGCUACUUUUUCAUAUAGUUAAAGUUUUGAGUUAUUCAGAUCCGUCUGAUGAAGUCAUGCUGUGCCAUAACAAACUGGUGGGGCAUGAGCAAUGCCAACUAAAACCCCCCUUCCAAUACAAUCAUCAAAAACUUGUUGAUACAUGCUAAUUGUUGAUUGUUCUGUUGCAUUAUAUCCAGGAGAUACCGAUCUUGAGUCUGUGAACGAUGAUAACAUCACGACAAUGGAAGAAUGGCUGCGUAACAACAAGGAGCCAGAGGACAUGGUGAAGGACUACAUGAAACAAACAGCAACAAAAAGACAUGACUGGAUCAAGAGAAGUGACUGUUGUGUGAAGAACAUUCUUACCACAUAUCCCAGACUUCUCGAUGCUGGAAUGAUUGAAGGAGAUUUUGCAGAAUUGUUCCCAGAGAAAGCAAACGCACUGUACCAGAAGUGGCCCACAUUCUGUAACAAAGUAGUGGACUUCACCGAGAAAACUGGCAACUGGAGAAGUGCAAGAGCCGAAUUCGAAAACAUUCAUGACCCUGGGAAACUCAGUCUUGAGGAAAAGAGCAAUCUUGGAUUCUACAUGCUCCCAGUCUUGUUCCGAGGAAGGAAAGAUUCCAAGAGAGGAACGUACACCACUGCAGAAACAUUGUCGUCCUUCAUUGACGUUCAACCAGAGGUUCUCGACAUCCAGACUUAUGUUGAUAACAUUGAUGAAGCAGUCAGGUCACAGCCAUUUGUUGUUGUGCGUGGGAACAUUCUCACACCAAUACAGGCGUACGUCGUAGUAGAGAGGAGGAUACUUCCUGCCGCAACACUGCUUAAAGCAGUCGACUUGUGCUUUAAGGCACUUUAUGUGAUGGAUAUCGAAUAUCAGCCGCAAAGCUGUUCUGUUUGGAAAUUUCUCCAGAUUGUGGUGUUCCAGUUUACCGAUGGGGAGCAUCUUACACCAAAGCUGCGGGAGGUCCGAGCCUUCAUGAACAUGCCAUAAGCCAUCAUGAUGUGUUCACGCCAAGGAUGAUUACUGGUGAUAUAUUUCCUACAGAUGAAACUGACACAUCAUCGUUUAGCACAUUUUGGCUACUUGAACCAGUUUAUUUUGGGAGAAAAAAAACUGGAAAAAAGUAUUAUUUUGGACAAAAUAACCUUAAAGACAAACUGUUAUGAGUUGGAUUCAGCACAUUAUUUUACAUAAUUUAGACAUGUUUGUGUAAGACUGAAGAUUUGAGGGUGGGGUGAGGAUCGCUGAAUAAUAUUAAAAAAAAGAGUGAAUUUAUACACAGCAGAAGUCUUUGUGUACAUUUUAAAAAUGAUAAAGGCCUAAUUGUUUUAUCCCAAUCAUUGCUUAACAUCCCCACCUUGAAAGUUUAAGAAAACAAAUGAAUAUAUGCCAAGUAUAAAUACAAAACAUAUUAUUGGCUAUAAAUCUUUUGCACUGGCGUAUACAAAUGCUUAUCGUGUUUGGUCUUAAUCCCAAGAGUACUGUUUCAUAACUCGUACAUCAAAAUGAUAUAUUUCUUCAUAAAACAUGAGCUAUGAUAUUUUCUGCGUUUAAAAAAGCAAGUGGGGUAUAUGAUUGUAAAUUACAUAUACCAUUAAUUUUCAUGUAAUGUGUAUCGUCCAUUGACCCUACGCUGAACUCUCUGCUGAAUGGACUGCAUGCAUUAAUUUACAUCGCGCAAAGCAGAAGUAGAGAAGUCAACAUUUUUAUCUACAUUUUGCAAAAUUGUAUUGAUAUUAUUGAUAAUAUCAAUAAAAUCAAUCAAACUGAGUAUAGCAGGUAGGGUCAAUUGAUUUUUGUUGUCUUUAAUCUAAUCAAAAAGUUAUAGUAGGCAGUGUGUAUCCUUGUUAUUUGAUCAGUACCUGUUCACCAUCACAGAUAGCCAAACUUUCAUGUGGUACUUCUGCACAUGUCAAAUAAUCUAGAGGGAUUUGAAUUUAUUUCCUCUUUUUUUUUACUUCAAAAAAAUGUGUUCAUGUGUAACACUCUAAGGCAGAGUAUUGGUGUGUCAGGAUAAAUGAACACUAUGCCACACCCACAAAAUAUAUAUGAUGCACAUAUUCAUGUAUGAAAUCAGAGUACAUGGAAUACAUACAGUGUACAUCAAAGUUGUCAUGCUGCACCAAACAGGGGCUAUAUUUGCAUUUACUUUUUUUAAAAGGUUGUAUUUUUUUCACCAAAAAUUGUAAUGUUGUAGUUGAUGUUAACAAGUUUUGUUUUUACGUUUCUGAUGAAAACAACAACAUGUGUUUACUGUGUAUGUUAUUUGUGUUUCAGUUAAGCAAUUAUUACCCUUUAGAUGAGAAAAAGAGUUGAGCCAAUAGAUGUUAUGGAAAAAAUGUUGAGCAAUGAUUAUCCAACAGACGAAUUAAAGAGUUGGGCAAAUGGA